GGUGCUGGGCGGGAAGGCAAGUCGUGGCGGCGGCGGCGGCGGCGGCGGGCGCAGCAGCGACGGCGGCGGCGGCGGGGCCCGCAGGAGCGGCGGUGCUGUCAGUUAGGCCGUCGGAGAAAUGGGAGACCCGGGGUCGGAGAUGAUAGAAUCUGUCCCUCCAGCUGGGCCCGAGGCGUCUGAGGCAACGACGGAUGAAAACGAAGAUGACAUUCAGUUUGUUAGCGAAGGACCAUUAAGACCUGUUCUUGAAUACAUUGAUCUGGUCAGCAGUGAUGAUGAAGAGCCUAGCACAUCUCGUAGUGAUAGAAUGCCUGAGUCUAAGGUGCCAUCCUCUGAGAAUCAUCGCCCAGAAAUGUGCUCUAGCUGCAGUGUUCCUCUUCCCAUUGGAGACAGCAGCUCCUCCUCUGGGAGUUGCACCAGCAGUCCACAGAGGAUAGUUUCUCAACCUUCUUCUGUUGAGAACCCAUUGGAGAACCAGAAAAAUGAUCAAAAUAAUUCAGAUAUUAAGAUCUCUGAGACAGAGACCCUUAAACCAUCACAAAAUUAUCAGACUUUGCCUUCAUCUCCAGUUCUGGUCCCCCAAGAAUCCUUGGCCUCUUCAGAGGUCAAGGAGGAUUUACCUAUAGAGUCUUCUUCAGCUUCACAGCACGGACAGGAUGCCAUCCUUUAUCUUCAGACACAAGUGGCUGAGAUGUCCCGAGUGAUACGUGAUCUGCAGUCUAGGAGCUGUUUUAGAUUUCAUCAUUCUAGGCCAAGUGAGAACUCCUCAGUGCCGUGGGACAUCUCCACCUCCAAGGAUGAAAAUUUAUCCACAGUUGAUGAAGAAGCUGACUGCAAAUCUCCCUCAGCUGAUGACAAAGGGCAGCCAACUGACCCCAGUCAGUCUAGUUUCACAGGUCUUUUGAAAAGAAUGGAACAGAGAGGUGUUAUAAAGAGAGUAACAUUACAGUCUGAAGCAGAAUCGUGUGAAGGAAAACCUGAUUAUGUGACCUCUAAGAAACGUUUGGUUCCUCCAUUGCAUCCGCUUCUGAGAAUUGCCACUACUGAGGUUUUUAAAGACCCUGCUGAUUGCCAUCCUUCCUCCUUCAUGGGGCACAGGGUAUAUCCUGUAGCCAAGGAUACCUCUCCUUUCCAACCAAAUCCACCAGCUGAGGGCCCUAUUGUAGAAGCAUUAGAGCACAGCAAAAGAGGAAGCACAACAUCUCCUCUAGAUUCUACCUCAAAAGAAAUGGAGGUCAUGGGUUGUAGAUUUUACCAUGCCGCUUCCAUUGCAGCCCGAGCUGCUAGCUACAUGGCCUAUAUGACUCAAUAUCAGCGUAAACUCUGGGAAGAUAUGGAGGAUCUGGUUCAUGACCCAGAGUUUGAUCGUGGAAAAGCAAGAUGUAUAAUAUCUGAUGGUAUGGAUGCAGGCCUUUGGCAGCUUUGUACUACUAGGGAUAUAAUGGAUUCCGUAGUGAGAGUUAUGGCAAUGGCAAUAGACUACAGAAGACAAGCCUGGCUCCGACUUACAUCUCUCACUAAGAAAACCCAGGAAAAGAUCUCACAUUUGCCCUUUGAUGGUACUUCCCUUUUUGGGCAAGAUGUGAAUGCUGUUGUUGCAGAAGAAAACAGUAUUAAAGAAAAUGACUAUAGAGACCACAACAAAUACUAUAACCAACAUCGAUACUUUUACAGUCAUGAUCAGAAAGCACAUUAUCACAAUAGAGGAUAUUCCAAAGGAGAUUGGUACAAACCUCGAAAUCAUCCCUAUAGAUACAGAAAAAAGGGAGAAUCUCCAGAACGCCACGGGUACAAGAAUUAAUAACCUGUUUGCGUUCACCAGUAUAGUCCUCCAAGAGCCUAACUAUUUUACUUGCUACUUCCACUCAAAACAGGAUCUGCAGGUAGGAGGUCACCUCAGAAACUGAUGCAUGUCUGGAAUUAUCACAACUAACAUUUAAAUUCUAGACUUUUCAAAGAAGUUAUAAUAAAGAGACUCGUGUUUUAUUGGCCAUGUGAGCAAUAGAGACUUUCAUCUAAGUAGGUUUGGACAAAGGUUUACCCAUUAUUUCUGGUUCGAAAUAAGUUCAGAGGAUGGUACUCAGGAAUCUGAAUCCUCUUGUGAUUAAAGAAAAAUAUAAAGAUUUAUUCCUCAGGAAAAUCUUACUGGUAAACUGAGGACUAGUAGAUUUGGGGUCUGGAAAUAACCUACUAUUAGAUCUUUGUUUACUAAUACCAGAGGCAGAUCCUUCGUUUUUAGGUCAUCAGUGCUUCCUUGUUCAGGCUUCAGCUUGUCAGAUCUUCACAAAAUGACAAGUCUGUUGUACUCUGUUUAUGUCAGGAUGAUCAACUCAGCAAGAGUCCAUACUACUCUCAAGCUCUCUGAGACUUCAGAAUCAACCAUGAGCUGUGUGCCAAGAACUGGAAUACAAAUCAAAUUUUGCUAAAACCAGUUUGCUUCCAGUGGGAUGGCUAGAUGUUAUAGGUCUACUGUGGAGAUACCAACUGGAAGAAGACUUUCCUACCUAUAACAUCUCUAGAAAUUUUCACAAUAACUAUCUUUAUCAAGCCUGAUGACUACCUUGUCAUUAUCACUCAGAGUUACAUGUGAGAGAAUUCUUUGUUAUCAUCACAUCUAAGUCUUUUUCUUAUCAAGCUCUCAUAAUAAGAAGCUGUGAGACCCAGUCAUGGUGUUCUUUCAGGAUAUUCUGGGCCUUUUAUCAAGAUGACCUUCUUAAACAAACCUACCUUCUAAACAGUUAACUUUUUUGAGCUUGAUAAUGCAUCACUCUAAACACAAAAAAGAUAUGUACAUUAAUGCCCUGGAUAUAAAAGAUGUUAUACCAUCCAGGCAUGCAAAUCUGAACUCUUAGAAGAGAAUUCCAAACAUGCCUGACAAUCUGGUCCUCAUAAAAUAAAGAAAGAGGAGUGCCAUCAAACUAGAUGAUACUGAGAAUCUUUAAGUGUUAAACUGUGAAUGUCAUAAAGAGAACAUCUCACACAGCUCUGUUUCAGGAUAUCUUUAAAUGAUAUCCACUAGAAAUUUCUUUAAAAAGUCUGAAAUCAAGACUUCAAUGACAUGUUCUUGGUUUAUUGGUCCCUUAAUCUAGUCAGACUCUUUCACGAGAGACAAUUUACCUUUUUGCUCCCAGUUGGUUCCAUUAAUAGUUCUUCACAAUUCUGGAACUGGCAGCAGAUACCUCAAUUGUAUAUCCCACAGUAUCUUUUUAAUCUCAAGGCAGUGGCUGUACAGUAUACCAGCCCUUAGAUCCUCGUUUUUGUAGUGUGACUUCAGAAAUGGAGAAGGUGUCAAGUUUGAGAGGUCUGAAUACAUCAUGUAGUAUUUGCUUGGCAGCCAAAAAAAAAUUUUUUUUUAUCAACAGACUUAAAAUUUUGUAACUUGGUUUGUCAACAUCUGCGUUUUUUUCAUCUGCUUGAUCAAAAUAUUUUGGUCUACUGUUAGUGGAAUAUAACACACUGUUUUAGAAUUCAUGUGGUUUCUAUCUCUUGCCAUAGUUCUUGUACAGUGGUAAUUGACGUUUUCCCUAGUCCCCUACUUUUUGAUAGCUGAAACUCUUCUCCAUCCAUUGUAACUAUAUUUAGCACCCUUUUUACUACUUUUCUUCCUGUUUGUGCUAGAAAUUGAGACGCAAAGACCCCUACUUAGAAGAAGCUAUUUUAUUUUGUCAGAUAAUUUCAGAGUACUGCAGUGGUCCUAUGUGUAGAUUAAAGCAUAAACAACAGUCCUGAUAGAGGAAAUCAUCUUGCAAAUUUGGUCAAGUUAUAUCUAGAGUUAAUACUUACCUUUUAUUUUUGUAUAUUUCCACAGUGUUAUACUUCUGCUUUUUUUUAGGUCCAUGCCAGUGCUGUAGAAACUCUUUCAAAUUGAACUCUAGAAGAGCAUUAAUGAACUACCUGAAAAGAAACAAGGGCCUAAAAAUAUUAUAGAAGGAUUUUUAUAGUUUACAAUACAUAUCACAUCAGUCAAGCAGUCUCAUGUGCCCUUGAUGUGGCACUGUAGUUACUUUUAGGAAAGGACUAGUCACAGGUGAACUUAAUUGGAGAGGGACCUUGGAAUUCUUCUAUAUGGCUGCACAAAGCCGUUACUAGUUAGCUAAGGCUACUUUAGACUGCUCCCACUUUUCCAUUUCUUCCCUUUCCUUCCCGGAUUAGAUACUGGGUUACAAAUGUGAGAUUUUUGAGGUACUCUUAUUUUCCAAAAUUCAAACCAAAAUAAAUGAUGCUUGAAGAUGUAAUUCUCUGAAACUGCUUUGGCACUUCCACUUAACAGCUCCUCCUUUUAAACUUUUUAUUUUUAGUUGUCAGGAAAAUGAAAACAUAAAGUUCACCACCUUAACUAUUUUUAAGUGUACAGUUCACUAGUGUUUUUUAUAUUUACAUUGUGUAAUUCCUCUAAAAUAUUUAUAAAACAAUGUUUGCUAUUCCCUUCAUCUUGUGUUAUUUAUGUUGCUCAGUAAUAAAUAUUGCUUUACCACUCUAAUUGAUAAGCUCAAGCAUCUCCAGAGAAUUUUCUAAAAGUGGAAAGAUACUGAAUUAUCAAAUUGUUGAUCGAGUAGUAGGUAACUUCUGAAAGGAACCUGGCAGUUGAGUGGGGACUGUCAGAAUGUAGUAGAAUGGGAACAGCUUUUAGCUGUAGCCAGUGUCUUGAUCGCAGAGGAAGCAGUAUCCUUACUUAACCUGUUUGUUGAUUUUAAAAUCUUUCUCUGGCAUACUUGAAUGAUGAUAGUGUUAUAAAACUAAAAAUAGGGAUUUGAUCUAGGGGGUUGAUCUACUGCAACCCCAGUAGCAUAUGGAGCUCACAAUUAGAUAAUAAGUUUUCAUAUUGUACCUGCCAUAGAAUUCUCCAUGGGUGAACCUUGGAUGUUUAAAUCUCUAGAUUUUCCUAGGAAGUUUUGGUAUAAUUGCAAAUUUAAUGAUUUGGUAUUCUCAAUGGGGAUGCAUCUAAUCCUUUUUCUUCAAAAUGUUAUUUCUUGACUAGACGUAAAAUGUAUAUGAAGAUAAUAUGAUUUCUUGCAUUUACUGUGUACAGAGAAACUGUUUCCAUUGUUAUAUGAAGUGCCUUUUUAAAUUUCACCCUAUUGUUUAAAACUUAACAUUUUGAUGUCUUGCAUAUGUUGCUGGUGAUAUUUAUGUGAGUUCUGUACAGUGAGUUUUUUAAAUCUUGUAGUUUAUUCAUCAUCUGUACAAUUGCACUAUCUAAAUGUACUCUCCUUCUGAAUGUUAAUUUGUUUUCUUUAUAGCACUGUUAAUCCAUUUCAGAAGGUUCUAGAGUAUGCCCUUCCCCUUUAUUUAAAUAACUUCACAGUAGUUCUUUUUAGUUACUAGUGAUUGGCUCAGUUUCCUGGGCAUUAAGGCAGCUUUGUUUUCUGUCUGCACAUUCUGGGUUUUCUGAUUGAGUCAUUUGUCUCCUAUCUAACCUUGUUCUAAGCCAUGAUAACACAGCUUCUAUUGAUAAGUGGAUGUGUUUACUUGGUGAGAAGAAACAAGGACAUUAAGAAAAGUAAAUUUGCUGACACUUUAUUUUUUUUAGACAGUGUAACAGCUUCCUUAUCGCUGUGUAAUUGCAUUUAAAUUUUUUUUAACUGUGUGGCAGCUUCUUUAGAAUUCCAUUUAUUUACUUAGCCCUCAAAAUGAUAUUUUGAGGGGAACAUAAACUGUUUCAGGAUACUUGGAUACUAUUUAGUAUAUUACAUUAGUACUAUGCUAAUAAUUUACUGAAUGAUACCUAAGUGACCUGAUUGAUAAUGUCCUUAAGGGCCCAAUACAUCAGGAUAACCUCUCAGGUACUAAAAAUGAGGAGGUUGGAAUAGACACAUUCCAGAAUCCCUUCUAGUGAUAAAAUUGGAUACAGAGUUAAAUGACAUGGAUGAACAGAGUUAAAUGCCACAUUCACUAUUCUUGAGGAUAUAAUUUACUGGGAUUCUGAUGAAGGUUAGAAAUUAUGGACUAGAUCUUUGUAGAAAUAGUUUAAAGAUUGCAAUAACUAAAAAGUUUUGUUUUUAACAUGAGGCAUAUUUUGCCCCAGACUUGCACUGUUUUAAGUUUCCUUGUCUUUUGAAAUUUACCAUUCUUAAUGUUAGUGGCUAGUCCAAUAAUUGGUCGUGAUAUCUGUGUGCAUCUUAUGCAUGUCAUUCAGUUGACCAGGUUCAUUCUAUAUAGUUGUCAUUUGUGGAUAUAGAAACCAAUCAAUUCCUCUGUCUUUUGCUUAAGAAAAUAUACAGGUGGAAGUUACUAUUUGACUGAUGAUGAUCACUAUUGAAUGCAAAUCUUUUAGUUAUUUUUCCAGAAGUAACAAGUUUUGUAAGCCAUCAAAAUAUUCUUUUAUGGAAUUUCCCUUCCUGGAUGAAUGAUGAGAAUAUUGUUUUAUUAAAUCUUUUUUUCUCUUAUUGAUUACUGGGAUAAUAUUUUUGUACUACUUUGUCUUUUCUUUUGUUUGCCUUUAUAGUAAUGAAAACUUUUUAUAUUAGUGUUUGGUACCAUUGAGAUACCUUAUUACUGGAAAUUAUGUUGGCUUCCAGUGGGGUAUAUCUGGAAGUGAUCAGUCCAACUAUGUCCUUUUGAUGUUAUCAUAUUAAUUUCAUUCUUUAUAUUGAUCUUUUCUUCCCUUUUAUGUAACACCUCUUUCUAGGAUGUCUGAUCUUCCCUUAAUCUCUUUGAUGUAGAUUAUAUUUUUUAUUCAACCAGUAAAUACUAGCCAGGAUUUUGAUGUGGCUUUGUGUUUGUGUACUUAAAUACAAUGCCUUCAGCAUUAUUAUAAGAGAUUUUUCUAGUUUUCUCCUUUGUCCUUUUUUAAAAAAGUAGCCAGUCCAGUCUCUGGAACUAUUAUUUACUGACUUUUGAAAUUCAAUCAAUUUUUAAUGCCUUCUUAUUUAAUGGCAGUAUUAUUUUCUCAUUUUGCAUAGUUUUCACACAAAUAUAUUAUUACAUAUAGUUUAUGGUUAAUUGCAUCUUAUAAAAAUUAUAAGCCCAUCACCAUGAAGUUAUAAAAAGCUCUGACAUAUACUCUAUCUUAAAAUUACCCAGUUUUCUCUAGGUCUUAAGGGCUUUACCUAUUUUAUUGAGAUGUCUAUUUCACGUGAUCUCUUGGAUUUUCUGAUGCCUUGUCAAGAAUUCAGUAAGAAUUCUCAGGUUGUCUGUACUUGGUCAUAGGACUUUGGAGAUCUUUCAAGUUGUAUUAAGUAUAUUCCUUGGUAGAAGUGAAAGUAAUGCUUUGUAUUUAGUCUUAUUUUAAACUCUGCUUUGAUCUUAAAUGCUUCAUAUGUUAUUGUGAGUUCUGUUAAGAAGUUAUAAGACCUAUUUUCAUAUGCUUCCCCGCCCCCCCCCCCGCCCCCCCGUCAGCUGCCUAUCAUAUGCCUUCUCUUUUCUGUCCUUGCCCAUAGGAGUAGCUGUAUCUCAUCACUCAGUUUUAAGGGCUACAAUUAGACCUCUUGAUAAUUCCUACUUUUAUCUCUGAUAGCUGUGUUUCACACUACUUAGUGUGCAUUUAACACUAAUGUCCUGUAAUAACUAUCAUGUUUGUGGUCCCUUUACCUAUACCACGUUAAUUACUGGGGCAACAAUGAUAUGAGUGAUUAGGGGGAAGCAUUUUCCAAGUCACAAAUUUCAGUUCCAUUUUUUUGAACAUACUUAAUUGUAUUAAACAUUCUGCGGUUAGGUGUGCAGUGCUUCCUUUUUUUGCCUUGGUUUGAGUAUAGUCAGUGUUUAAUUAGCCUUAUUUAGAUUCUUAGCAACAGUUGCAUGCAUGUUAGCCUUUGUCUAAUGGCUUAUAACAACUCCUGUUUACUUUCAGCAAAAAUAUAUUUUGAGAUUUUGAAAGCACCUUGAUAGCCUUAGGUCUAACAGUUGUUUUCCUGCAUGGGAAGCAAGUAUAGGAGAAAAUUUUCAUUUAUAGAGCUCACAUUUAGUACACUGUUAGAAAUUACAAGGCGUUCUUGAAGAAAUUCACCCUUAUUUUGCAUAUGAGAAAAUGAAACAUCAUUAAGCACAUUGCUCAAGUGAUGGAACCUAGCUUUGAAUAUUGACUAUUCCUCCAAAGUCUCAAUUCAGCAUUGUACUAGGCUGCCUCUUUGUGUUUUUCAAGGCUCAACUCAAGUUAUAACUUCUCUGAAAAGCUAAUUUGACAUAUACUAAUCUUUUUCUUCCCUUAAUUUUGUGUUUAUGGCUGUACUCUCAUCCCUUAGUACUUGGAUGUCUUAUAUUAACUAAUUCCUGGUCAUUUCACUUGUCAGAUCAGAAACCCUAACCUCUUAGUUUUUCCAUUGAGAUUUCACUGUGUGGUACUAAAAUUGUUCAUGAUGAAUGGUCAUUGGUUUGUUUCACAUAAUCCAUUUGUUUUCAGCACUUAUCAUUUUAGUCAAGGGUCUUUUUUUGCUUUUAUUUUUUUUUCUGCCUUUUGUGUUACAACUGUUUUGUUACAGAUACUUAAGUUUGGUGUGUAUGUGGGGUGGUUUUUUUUUUUUUUUUUUGGCUGGCAUCUUUAGGAUAUUGGCUAGGAAGGAAGGUGGAAUGGUGCAAAGCACAGGUAUGUAAAUUCUAAGACUUUGAUCUGAGUAUUAGCAAGUCACUUGUUUCCUGAGCCUCAGUUUUCCUACUCUCAAAUGAGGUAAUGCCUGGAAGUACUUUGAAAAUUCAAAAGCCCAGUAUAGAUUUCUUUUUUUUCAUAGGUGUGCUGUUUCUACGUAGAUAUAACUGUGGGAUGGUAUUGGAUAUAAAUACUGAUACAUUUUAUGAUGUAUAUUUAAUAGCAUGUAAUAGUUCAUGUCAUCAGAUCAUGUUCCCCUUGUUUACAGUUUUUUAAGGCUUAACCAUUAAGCUGUAUUACAAGUUCAUCAAUGCACUAGAUCAUUGAAAGGCAUAUUUAAAGUAAAAUAGUCUCUUAAGUGCAGGCUAAGAAAUGCUCAUGAUAAACAAUAAGAAAAAAUAAAAGAAUGUAGAAUGAAGAGCUAGGAUAUGUAGGUAUGUGUAUGAUUUUUGAUGGAUGCUGUUUUGUCACUUUGUGUCUAUGUUGGCAACAAUCUUCUAUCAUAGUUUUUAAUAACUGUAUGCAGGCAGGCACUGAGGAGGGUCUGGGGGAACUGAGAGUUAAUAAGAGAUGGUAUAUUCUCUUAAGAAAAAGAAAUACCAAUAUGAUGUAAUUGUCCUGUUUGGAGGAAUGCCUGCGAUGAAGUUGGAAUGGAAGAGAGGGCCAUCUAGAGGGAUCAAGGAAGCUUUUCUUACUUAGCAAAUAAUUUGAGCUGGGGUUUGCAUCAUGAUUAGAGAAGAGAUAGUUGGACCAGUGGAGAAUCAAAAGCCAGGCAUUGAGAUGAAUCAGUGUAUACAAAGGCAUGUGGAACAUUGUGUCUGGUUUCAGAACCUUAUGGAACAGCCUUUAUGCGGGACAGUUGGUGGAGAUUAAGCUGAAGAAAGGAUAAAUUACUCAUGGAAAUGUAUUGGUUCCCACCUAUUUGAAGUGUACCAAGUUUGUGUGGCCAUUAUUUGUGAGGUUAUAGAAGUAGUCUGUCUAGAGUUUGCUUUGUACCAUAGUCCCCUGUGGACAUCUAGAGCAAUUCUUUUUCCUUCCUGAACUGAGCCAAAGGAGGGCUUUCAGUUAGUGCACCUCUAGUCCCAGGCACAGCUUAAGCAGUGAAAAAGAACAGACACUGGUAGAGAACAACUUUGAAGAUGAACAAGAUGAUGACACUAAAGUGGAGUGUGACAGACCAUUAUGGGGACACAGUUGCAUAUUUCAGGACCUCCUAUUGGCAUUGUGUCCUCAGUGUAGCUAAAUGUGGCUGAUUUCCCUAUACCUUGGCUUACAGAUAAUUUGAGGGUAGACUUGGGGAAAAUGAAGUUAUUUAUAAAAAUGUUGCUUCAUUGGAAUUUGGAAGUGGUGUAUUGAAGAACAACCUCUAAACCUUGUGCCAGUGGUAUCUCCAGCAGCACCCAAAACACAUUUUGUCAACUUCCUGUUUGUUUUUUCUGUGAUUUGAGUUUCCUUUCUUGCUUUUGUUGCCACUUUCAUUCACCGUUUCUCUUUUCUCUUCCUAAUUCAUCUUUUUCUUCCUGUGCCAGAGGUAUAGCAGUGGCACUCAGGGUUAAAGUUAUAAUCCUCCCCUUGCAACUUCAGAGAUAUCUAAAAAUUCUCAAGUUCCAAAUAUGUUUUUGUUUUGUUUACAUUUGGGUUUUUUGUUUUUAUUUUGUUUUAGGUUUUGGGGGGGGGGUGCUUUGUUUUGUUUUUUUGUGUGGUCCUGUACUGAAAUAGAAUCAAAGUCAUUCUUCCUAGGAGGGGAUUUUUAUAAUUAUAGAUAUUGGCAAUUGACCCAAAAGACAUUACAGGAGGAAGAAUCUUACUUAACAGGUUUGGUGGUACUUGCCUUCUUAACCGAGUAAAGUACUUUACAGAAUGGGGUAUAUCUGUACGUUUUUAAGUUUGCCACAUAAAGCAGAUGUUCUGUGUACCUAGUAUUUGUAAACAGUAACCAGUUGUGGGUUGGGAAGAUGAUUGCUUUGUACAAAAGGGUUGUUUCCUGGUUCCAAAGCUUUGCUGCUGGAGAUGGUAAAUAAAUAUUGUACUGCUUUGCUGUGUUUAUCCCUUCUGCUCUCUCUGUAUUUGAAUAUAAAAUUAUUGAGAAAAACUA